ACCGCGGCGGCGGCGGCGCGUGAGGCCCGCCGUCCCGCCGAGCGCGAGCCCGCUCCCUCCCUCCACCCCGUCCCCCUCCCUUCGCCGGCUGCCAAGCGGCGUCGGCGUCGGCUCCUCCCUCCUGGCCUCGCGCCGCGUGCGAAGCGGCGAAAGGGAAGGCGGCGGCGGCGGCGGAAGCAGGCUCCCAGCAGCAUCCUCUCCUCCAUCCCUCGCCGGCCGCCGCCUGCUGAGGAGCCGCUGCCGUUCUUCCUCAGCCCCCUCAUGACGGUUUGGUGCUGCCGGUGCUCCCUUGGCAGCCACUUCAGAAACUACUGUAGCUCUGAACCUGAAGGGCACUUUUUGAAUUCAUUAGUGCAGUAUUUUGGUGACAACCUUGGGACAAAUGUUAAAACAAUGCCCUUGUUAGAAGAAACUACUCUACCCGUGGACCCACCACUGACUCUGCCAAUGGUUGUAAUAGGUAAUGGACCUUCAGGAAUUUGCCUUUCUUACAUGCUCUCUGGAUAUAGACCAUAUUUAUCUCCUGAAGCAGAACAUCCAAAUCUUAUUUUGCACAAUAAAUUAAAAGAAGCCAGUCAUCUCUCUCUUGUUGAUCAGGAUUUGGAGUAUUUCGCUGAAGGCCUAGAAGGACGCUCUUCAAAUCCCGUUGCAGUUCUCUUUGACACACUGCUUCAUCCUGAUGCUGACUUCGGGUUUAACUAUCCAUCUGUUCUUCACUGGAAACUUGAACCACAUCACUAUAUCCCUCAUAUAGUGCUUGGCAAAGGGCCGCCUGGUGGGGCUUGGCAUUCAAUGGAAGGUUCUAUGCUGACCAUCAGCUUUGGAGACUGGAUGGAAUUACCUGGAUACACAUUUAAAGAUUGGGCGUCUAAUAAGCGAAGAAAUAUAAAGUGUGACAGAGUUCUGCCCGAAGAAAUUGCCAGCUAUUACAAGCACUAUGUUAAAGUCAUGGGCCUACAAAAGAACUUUAGAGAGAACACCUACAUAACAUCUGUAUCAAGACUCUACCGGGAACAGGAUCCAGAAGAUGAAAGCCAAGUGACCAAAGAUGCUUUGCCACAACAUUUGCUGCUGGAAGAGCAAGGUGGGCAGACUACACCCGUCAAAAGAAACUGGGAAGUCAGAGGGUAUCAGAGGGCAGCAGAUGGCUCUCAUGUGCCAUUCUGCUUGUUUGCUGAGAACGUGGCUCUUGCCACUGGGACCUUUGAUGCUCCUGGGCGGCUCAAGAUUGAAGGAGAAGACUCCCCCGUUGUGCUCCAUUCAAUAUCCGAGUUUGCAGCGACCAUCAACAAAGGAAUAUUACGUGGUAAAACUGACCCCGUUUUAAUAAUUGGCGGUGGACUUUCAGCAGCCGAUGCAGUUCUGUGUGCUUAUAAUAACAGCAUCCCUGUAGUACACGUAUUCCGUAGGAGGGUCACUGACCCAAGUUUAAUUUUCAAGCAGUUGCCUAAAAAGACUUACCCAGAGUACCAUAAGGUAUAUCAUAUGAUGUGUACUCAGACAGUUACUACAGACUAUAAUUUGCACUCCGCCUAUACCAGUUUUCCUGAACAUCGAGUACUUUCAUUUCAGCCAGAUAUGAAGUGUGUCCUUCAGAGUGCCUCUGGAUUGAAGAAGAUCUUAAGGUUUUCUGUAGCUGUAGUAUUAAUAGGUUCAGAUCCUAACUUAUGCUUCCUAAAGGACCAAGGCCAUGGCAUAGGCCAUAAAGCAAAUGAACCGAUUACUUGCAAAGGUAAUCCCAUUGAAAUUGACCCAUAUACUUAUGAGUGCACAAAGGAACCUAACCUUUUUGCAUUAGGUCCACUGGUUGGAGACAAUUUUGUACGCUUUUUGAAAGGGGGGGCACUGGGCAUUACACAGUGCUUGGCUGCAAAGAUGAAGAAGAGGCAUCAGCUGCUGGCUGAAAGAGAUGGAGUACCCUAGAACAAACAGCCAUAGACAUCAUACAAAGAACUGCAGACAUAAUGCUAUAAUUCAUCUUUUAACAUCUACAGUUACUGGCAGCCUUGUUUUUGUUAUAUAUUCCACUCCUUCAUGAUUGCAUUGCCUCAUAAAAGAGGAUGAUAUUCCAGCCUUUGCAAAGUGCAGAAGUACUGCCUGUCUUUUUUUCUGGACUUACUUCCAGUUAAAGUAAUAAUUAUGAUAAUUCAUUCGGAUUUGUUUCGGUUUCUUACCCUAGUGAGAGCAAAUUUAGCACUUGAACAGAAAAGGGUUUCUACCAUUAGCUUAGUGUUUUACUAUAUAAAACUAGACCAAAAUCUAAAAUAGAACCUUUUCCGUAAAAUAAAGCAAAAUAUUCACCAAUGUCUUUGUAGCAAAACCUUUUAUUUAACUGUGGUCAUUGUGGCAAUUAUAUCUGAUGCCUUUUAAGUGGCCUAUAAAAUAAAGAUUUUUUUCCUGAGUGGAAAUCAAAGUGUACCCUAGAUAUAACUUCUAUUAAUAAUUGGAAACAGUUGUCAUAAAAGUGCUGUCUUACUAUGUCAAAGGAAUGGUGCAUUGAUCUUGGCUUCUACUAUAUAAUAGUAUAAACCAAAGUGCUGUUACAAGUGCACUUACUACAUUAUUAUGAAAGAUGUAAUGUUAGUCAAACAUUAAUGGAGUGUAUCUUGUAGUACAUUUCAUAGUGAAAUGAUGAAAAUAAUAGGGUAUGAUGAAAAUCUUCACUUGACUGUUGCGAAUGUCUCAGCAGCUAAAAUAUGCCUAAUCUCUAGGCCCUCAGUCAGUGAAAACACACACAACUAUCCAAAGCAAAAUAACAGAGAUUUCAUUAUCCAAAGGACAUUCAAACAGAGAACAACCUAGAAUUUCUUUAUAGAUUUUUAUUACUGCAGACUCACAAUAAUUCCCAAAGUGAAAAACAGAAUUAGCUUAUUAGCUUGAGCUUGUUAGCAUUAGAAAACAAAAGCAAUGUGUUGUUCCCUUACAUACUCCAAAUUGACCUGAUGAAUCAAGUCCAUAAUUAAGCUCUGAAAAAUGAUUAAAUGAAUAUGAACCAGAUUUAAAAUUUUCUAUGGAUUUACUUACAGGCUGUAAUCCCUGUGAAUACAUGUCAAGUGUGCAUGCAAAGCAUAUUUUCCCACAAUUCAUCUCUCCCCCCCCCCCCCCAAAUACUUUUUAAAGCAGGGCAUUGGUUCUCAAGAGAUAACUAUUAAACCUUAAAUGUAUGUGAACAAGUGAGCAAGCAUGGGAAAGUGAGCAAAACAUAGUUCAACAGCAAUGUGUUAGUUUUAUAGACUAAAAAUAAGGAUGUAAAUAAUUUAACAAGGUGGAAGAUACUUAAUUCAGAUUCCCCCCCUCCCCCUUUCAUAUUGCAAAGUGCAGAAGAUAGUAGUUCUGGGUUCAAGUUGCAUGUGAGAUUAAAAGGAUAUUCAAUAUUUUUGGUCAGAUAUUUAUUUUCAUUUUGCAGAUUUGUAUUCUUUCCAUUUCAGCAGCUGAGUAUAACUAAAACCCAAGUUCAUACAGAGAAUUUCAAGGUUUGCCAACAUGUUUUCAAUAAAAACAUGGCAUUCAUGGAGUUGCCUUUUCUCUCUGUCACGCACACUUGACGCUGUUUCCUCUUCAGAUGCCUACACUUUGUGCCUCACAAAUGGAGUCAGAAUUAUGAAAGUUAUGUUUGCAAACUCAGGUUUGUGGCCCCAAACUGAGGCACUCAUAGUAAGCCAAAUUCAUAGUAAACGAAAGAGGUGACUCACUGUGUGUGAAAACAGAUUGCAUAUAAUUCAGUUUUACUUUGGUUUUACACACAAAAACCCCCCAUCCCUUUUAAGUAUCGCAUCACUUAACUUCUGGGUAGUUUAAAAUGCAGAUUGGAAGUUUGGUGAGGAUGUUCCCAUGAUCAAGAUUAAAAUUUACAAUGACUAUGAUUCAAAUAUCACGUCAUUAGAUUUGUGAAAGUAUACAAAUCUUAACCGUUGUGUAUCAUUUUAGGCCAUAAACAGCUUUUUAUAAAUAUUGCAAAGUAAAUAAUGCAAAGAAAGAAAGCUUAUUAUUGGGAGCUAAUUCGUACAGCAUUGCUAGCUGUUUUAGUUGCCAUAACUAAGAUUGCAUAGUUAUUAACAUCUCCUUUUUAAAAUACGUUGCUUGUGCACAAGACAUAUUUCUCAAACAAGGAGGAAUAUAUAUUACUUGGUUGGUCUGAAGUAUCUAUGGGUUUUGAAUAUUGUGUAUUCAUUAGCCUUUACAAUAAACCAUAUCAAUGUUCCUGA